UGGAUAGUGAAGAAUCUUAUUCAACAAUGUCUGGCGAAUUACGGACAAGAUUCCGCAUAAGUAAAAUACCUCCUCAACAACACCUCUGUUGAUGUAUCUAAGGGUUCUUCAAGCACAAUCCCUCAACAAUCAGAACUUACAGCAAUUGUCUGGUAUUUCGGAACUUCUGCGUUGUUUACAGUUGACAGAUGCGGAGUUUCAAAACAUAUUGGUAAAAGAUUUGCAAAAUGAUGUACUGAUUCGUAAAGCUUACAUCGGAUACUUGAUUGAUUGCCAUCAUACAUUGUUAUCUGCAAUUGAUAAUAUUGAAUCGCUCCAAGAGCACCUUCAACUGGACAGCCAACUCCUAAAGCGUCAGAUAAUUAUGACUUGUGUGAAAUAUUUUGUGGAAAAAAAGGGACAAACCUUACAAAAAUUUCACAACGAAUUUGUACAGUUAACGGUAUCGGACGAGAGAAAAGACUUACUGAAUGUUUUUCUGAAAACAUUAAUGGACGAACUUCGUUCAGACAUCGUUUUGAGCUGCAUGACCGAAAGGCAAACCAUCGAAGCAAGAAUUUGCUUAGAAAGCUUAUUGCUACAGAGACUUUACCAGUUUGUUAUGUUUCCAAAUGAUGAUGGCGAUAUUUCCCGAGAUCAGAUGAAUAUGGGAGUGUACGCGCCCAUUGGACGCUCCGGUGGCGAAAGUGACCCACUUUCCCAUAAACUCUUUGGUGACCCGUUUUCCCCAAUAAGGCUGAGAAACGCCUCUCCAGCUCCCACAUAUGUAAACACGGCGACAGCGCGGGACCGCUCACCACCGACGAUGAUUGCGAUGAUGAUUAAUGAUGACAGCUGUAAGCGAGCGCGCAUCAUCGCGGCGGCACCCAGUUGGACGAACGCGUGCAUGCCGCGCGUGAGUGACUCGUGGGUGACUUUCACCAGGCAGUGCAGCCAGAUGAUUAGAGUAUUCUGGAAUGUUUUAUUCGGGAAAGUUGGAGCAUAUUCUAGAUCCACGUUGAGGUGCUAUAUAAGGAGAGCACCAACUUCGUACUACGAAAUAGUUUGAAUUGACCCGGCAAACGGUCAAGAAGUGACAAGUGAUAUAUUCGAAGAGUACAAGCGUUCGCUUGGCUUCGACAACGCGAAGUAGAAGUGCAAAAGCGUUUGCGUGGCUUCGACAACGCAAAGUUAGAAGGAAAUAAAAUGCUUAGUGUAAAAGUACUUCCUGUGUGUUUUUCUUUCUUGCGAGAAAGAAAUUCCCCGUUUGAGGCACUGUGAAGCCCCAAACAUUUGGUUCUUCAAACCGGAUCAACGGAGGAUUUCUGGUACCCCAGGUCUUGCGAGACUCCAUCCCGCCAGGAAUCCGAGAACUACUCGCUUGAGGCACUGCGGCGCCUCAACAUUUGGUCCUUCGAGCCGGAUCAACGGAGGAUUUCUGGUACCCCAGGUCUUGCGAGACUCCAUCCCGCCAGGAAUCCGAGAACUACCCGCUUGAGGCACUGCGGCGCCUCAAUAUUUUGGUCCUUCGAACCGGAUCAAAGGAGGAUUUCUGGUACCCCAGGUCUUGCGAGACUCCGUCCCGCCAGGAAUCCUAGAGCUCCUCGCUUGAGGCACUGCGGCGUCUCAACAUUUGGUCCGUCCGAACCGGAUACCGUGCCUGUGGAGUGGAACCGGCCUACAGUCCCCGGUUCACCGUCGAAGUGUCCUGCUGGUCAUCGAGGCGACCAGCUGAGGAAACCCUGCCGGUCUGUGGACGAUCGGCACCAACGGUGUCUUCUUUGCCGUCGGCAAAGACAUCAUCCCAUCGGAGGACUUCUACCGAUCGACGAGUCGGUCGGUAUCAGCGAAGCAUUCUGCUGGUCGAGGAGCGAUUAGUGGAAACGAGACCCUUUCCCUGAAGGAUUUUCUGCCGGUCAGCGAAGAGAUCGGCACCAGCGAGUUGUUCCCCUGGUCAACGAGGCGACCAGUCGAGGAAUCCCUGCUGAUCUAUGGACGAUCGGCACCAACGGUGACUUCUUUGCCGCCGGCAAAGACACCAUCCCUUUGGAAGAAUUCUACCGAUCGACGAGUCGGUCGGUCCCAGCGAGGCAUUCUGCAGAUCGAGGAGAGAUCAGUGGAACCGAGACCCUUCCCCCUGGAAGAUUUUCCGCCGGUCUACGAGGUGUUGUAGUGCGUUGUUCCCCUGAUCAACAAGACGACCAACCGAGGAUCCCCGUCGGUCAUAGGAGAUCGGCACCAACGGUGACUGCUUUGCCGCCGGGAUAGACACCAUCCCGUCGAAGGAAUCCUGCCGAUUGACGAGUCAGUCGGUCUUGGUGAAGCGUCCUGCUGGUCAUCGAGGCGACCAGCUGAGGAGUUCCGUACCGGUCAACGAGAGAUCGGCAUCAAGGGUGACAUCCUUACCGCCGGUGAGGACACCAGUGUAUCGAAGAGUCUGUCGGCCGCAGCGAAGCGUCCUGCUGGUCAUUGAGGCGACCAGCCGAGGAAUUCUGCUGGUCAGAUUACGACGAGCAUUACGGUUGACAUCUUUGCCGCCGGCAAAGGCACCAACGAGAACAUUUCCUGCCGAUCACCGAGGUCAUCGGCUCCAGAAGAAGUUUUUCCCUCGGUCAACGAGCGAGAAAAACUACCGCCGGUCAGUGAACGAUCGGCACUGGAUGUGUCAUUCUUGUCGCUGGCAAGACCACCAAGAAGACAGGUGUUUACCGGUCAGCGAGCUUUGCAAACGGUACCGUCAAGGCAUUCUACUGAUCAAGGAGGUAUCAGUGGAAGCGGGACAGCCUUUGCUCGUCACCAAGGACAAGAUCAUCCGCCAGGUGAGGUGUUGACCCUAACAAAAUGGUUUCCCUGGUCAACAAGGUGACCAGUCGAGGAUCUCCGCCAGCCAAAGUGGAACGGUACUGUCGGUGUAUUCCUGCGUGGCCACCGAAGAGGGAGCUUGUCGAUCAACCAACGACCUUCGAAGUGAAGAUGAGACACCGCACACCGGAAUUUGAGGCACCCGCCAUGCAUGAGACACAGCUACUCUUCCAUCUCCGUGAACAGGUCUCGCGGAAGACUCGGCACAUCUUGGGAAACCUGGUAGAGGCAGAGCACGACCCGCCGAAGAUAAUAUCAUCGCUCCUGCGGGUGUACGAGAAGAAGCUAGGCACGUACUACCAGGAGUACGCCAAGUUUCACCAGGAGAUCUUGGACCGGAUCCCUGCAUUGGAGUUCAAGGAACAGGAAGAGCUGCAGAUGGACUUCUAUCGGCUGCACACCGAAGCGCUGCUAAGGAUUGAGCAGCUAUCCGGGAGCUUGGCUGGUAAGUAUGAUUUCAGCGAAAAUGAGCGGCUUGUUUUGGAAAGCUUUCAAAGCAUGCAGCUGUCAGAGCCUACUCAAGAGGAGCAAUCUGACAAGUUAAACGUGGUACCGUCACAUCACGUUGCGACGACCGGCAGCAACGUGGAAACCAUUCAGGAAGAGCAUUCCAAUCGGUCCAGUGUAACGCCAACAAAUGACACUGUGACACCUACACAGCCACCAGCCAAGUCGCAGUCGAUAGAGUGCCGAGCGUUUGAUGGCUUCCAUAAUCGGCAUCAGGAGAAGUCCGUCUUAGAAGAACUCUACGACUCAUCCAGUCUAGAGCCGCCGGCAAUCUCUGAGACGUCCAAGGACGAACGGAAGAACGUUCACAGGGAACACAAUAGGUCGUCCUGUACGAAGGAACCGCGUCACACGACGAGAUGUGGCGUACCUAGCACUGAAGAUCGACAAGGCGCGGAUUGGAAGCGGACUUCCCUCCGGGCAGAGUUCAUACCGACGAAGCUAUUCAGCCAGUCCUGUGUGCAGCUAUCGAGUGGCAAUGCGAUCCCCGUACAGGUAUUCCAACUGGCCAGCAAGGAUUGGAGAUCUUCAGGAAGAUUGCGGAUUCGCCAACAAUCGCACUGUUGUAGCGAGGAGCUCUCCGAUGCGCUCAGAAUAGUACCAUCGACUCAGAGAGUGCGAUCAGACCACCAACCGAAGAACGCUCAGAAGGAGCACUGCAAGCCGGUAAGUAUCCAGAACCAUCGCCAGUUGGAGUUCGCUCGGGUGGAGCAAUUCGGCUCACCAAGUCACACCGUGAAGUCUGACGAGUCAGGAGCCCCUGGUCGACAGCAGGAAGUGGAUCAUCGACACCGCUCGGAGCCCGCUCAGAAGAACUCCAAUCAGCCAAGAGUAGAACCGUAUGCAAACGUGCAUUCUACGACACCCGUCGAUCAUCCGGAAUCCAUUCGGAAGGAGCAUUCCAAGCUGACCAGUUUCAAGCAGCUACGUCGAGUGGAGACUAGCACUGAGACUAUGACAGUGGCAGCCGUGAAGUACCCAGAGCUUGCUCAGGAGAAGAUUUCUGGUCCGUUCAGUGUGGAACAGCCCGUUCACACUGCGACAUUCGUCGUAGGAUCUGACUUCACCACGAGAAUGCAGACUAGAUCGUCCGGAAUGGAGCUGACGAACCACGCCUCAUGUACCAUCGUCUCCACGGCAAGCACGAGAGAGUCAGUGUCUGCUCAGGAGGAGCUCUCUGAUUUGUCCUGCGUAGAAUACCCUCUGCGCACUGCGACAUCCGCCGUGGAACCAGAGUCCGUUUAUAAGCCGCGCAAUGAUGAUCUGCCAGAAUCCACUGCAGAAAAUUCGAGACACGUGAAGAUCGCUCAGGAUAAGCCGUCACACGUAAAGCCAUUGAGUAGUGCAACGGCUGCAAUCCAAUGGGAGAUCGUUCUGGACGAAGCACGUAUGCUGCUACACGGGAAGCUCUCACUUGUGACAGUCCUCGACCCUGUUUUCGACCAAGUGGAGUCUGUUCAGGUUGAACCCUCCAAGUUGUCGCCAUAUGUGAAAAUAUCGACGAACCCAGCGAUGUUUCCCAAAGGCACAGAGGCGGAGACCAUGGAGUGUGGAACCCUAGACAUCGUGAAGUUGACUCUGGACACUGCUGCACGUGUCAUGGUCUUUGACAGCAACUGCAAGACGGGAAAGUUCAGAGACCUGCAAAGAUCAAAGACCACUUUUGUGAAUGAUUCGAGAUCUAGCUCUGAAAUGAUCGUCGAGCGAUUCAGUCCAGCCAGGGCAGGGCAUGCUGGAGCUGCAAUGUCCACCGUGAAAGAGAUGUAUUGCGUCAUGCUGCCUACCGAGAUAGUGCAUCACCAGCCAAUACUCAACAGUACGAGGAAAAUGGAAACAGAAUGCGCAUUGUUUGGCUAGC